CUCCUCCCUUUUCCUCUUGCAGUGAAACAGCAGCUCCUCUCACUUCUUGUUCCCUCUCCCUCAGAUCUAAAGUUUGAAGUCGAUAGGCGACAAGCACGGUGCAAACUGUACUUUAGAUCAGAUGUCAAACUAUUUUUUGGUAUAUGGGAGUAAAACAAACAGUCACUGUUGCUGAGAGCUGAAAUGGCGCAGAAAGGCGUUGAGCUGGAUAAAGAAACUAUUUCGUGUUCCAUCUGCCUGGAUCGACUGAAGGAUCCGGUGACUAUUCCCUGUGGACACAACUACUGCAGGAACUGCAUUACAACACACUGGAACAAAGAGGAUCAGAAGGGAAUCCACAGCUGUCCUCAGUGCAGGAAAACGUUCAUACCGAGGCCUGUCCUGGAGAAAAAUACCAUGCUAGAUAGUUUAGUGGAGCAGCUGGAAAGGAUUGGACUGCAAGCUGCUCCAGCUGAUCACUGCUAUGCUGAACCUGAAGAUGUGGCCUGUGACGUCUGCGCUGCGAGGAAGCUGAAAGCCACCAAGUCCUGUUUGGUCUGUUUGGUUUCUUACUGUGAGAAACACCUCCAGCCUCAUUAUGAUGUAGCUCAGUUUAAGAAACACAAGCUGGUGGAGCCCUCCAAGAACCUCCAGCAGCUCAUCUGUUCUCGUCACGAUGAGGUGAUGAAGAUUUUCUGUCGUACUGAUCAGCAGAGUAUCUGUUAUCGCUGUUUUAUAGAUGAACAUAACGGUCAUGAAACAGUCACAGCUGCAGCAGAAAGAGCUGAGAAGCAGAAGGAGCUGGAGGUGAGCCGACAACAAAUCCAGCAGAGAAUCCAGGAUGGAGAGAAAAAUGUGAAGCUGCUUCAACAGGAGGUGGAGGCCAUCAGUGGCUCCGCUGAUAAAGCAGUGGAGGACAGUAUGAAGAUCUUCACUGAUUUGAUCCGUCUCAUCCAGAAAAGAAGCUCUGAUGUGAAGCAGCAGAUCAGAUCCCAGCAGGAAACUGAAGUGAGUCGAGUCAAAGAGCUUCAGGAGAAGCUGGAGCAGGAGAUCACUGAGCUGAAGAGGAAAGACGGUGAGCUGGAGCAGCUCUCACACACAGAGGAUCACAUCCAGUUUCUACACAACUACCCCUCACUGUCAGCACUCAGUGAGUCUACACACUCAUCCAGCAUCAAUAUUCCUCCUCUCAGAUGCUUUGAGGAUGUGACAGCAGCUGUGUCAGAGCUCAGAGAUAAACUACAGGGCGUCCUGACAAACGUCUCACGAGCUGACUUCUUAAAAUAUUCAAGAGAAAUCACACUGGAUCCAAACACAGCAAACACACAUCUGUUUUUAUCUGAGGGGAACAGAAAAGCAACAGUAAUGGAAGAAGAACAGGCUUAUUCUGGUCAUCCAGACCGGUUCACUGACUUCCGGCAGGUCCUGAGCACAGAGACUCUGACUGGACGAUGUUACUGGGAGGUGGAGUGGAGAGGAGGAGGAGGGAUCUGUGUAGCAGUUACCUACAAAAGCAUCGAAAGACCAGGGAGGUCUAAAAAAUGUUCAUUUGGGACUAAUGACAAGUCUUGGGCGUUAUAUUGUGACACAAAUGGUUACAGAUUUUGGAACAACAAAAACAACACUCCAGUCUCAGGCCCGUCUUCCUCCAGAGUAGGAGUGUAUCUGGAUCACAGCGCAGGUGUUCUGUCCUUCUACAGCGUCGCUGAAACCAUGAAUCUUCUCCACAGAGUCCAGACCACAUUCACCCAGCCACUCUAUGCUGGACUUUGGUUUUCCAACUCGGAUGGAACCAGUGCUGCGUUCAUUAAAGUGAGAUAGUCAGAAAAAGGGCUGUUCGUCGUAUAUAAUAGUUAAUCAAAUAGUCAAAUAGUUAAUUGUGAUUAAUUAAUUGUGUAGCACGGUCUGCACUGGCACAGGAAUUUUCAUCUGACCUCGGUUUUUUCUGGGGCGCUGGUGGUUUGGAAGGUGAGGUUAAACUGUUUUUAACGCCCUUGAUGUUCUUUUCCAUAUCUUCAGGCUUUAGCAUUAGUGGUAGCUUUAGCAUUGAUUUUGGUCAUGGUUUGGGGUUUAAAGUGUUAAGACUCCUUCACUGGGGUCUAAAAGCUUAUUGUCAUGAGAUCGAUUUCUGGUAGAGAGAUAAACUUGUGGGAUUUAUGUCUAAAUGACCAUUUUCAGGGUUUAACUUCAGAGCGUUAUUACUGAACGUCUGCUCCAUCCACCAGCUUGCUGGAACUCUCAUAAUACAUUUAUUUCUAAGGUGUAUGCCCAAAUACAACCAUCACAACUCCACAAAGUUUUAGCCAAAUUUCUCACGGUUUGGUUUGUUACUAACAGCAGAGAUGUAGUUAUGAUACAGGUCACUGUUACACAUUAAAAAUACCUGCUUUCAUGCUGAAAUAAUUUUAUUAGGCUCUUUAACAAAGACAUAUGGUAAAAUAUUAAUAAUUGUAUAAGUUAAUUAAUUUGACACUUUAAUAAACAAGUUUGAUCAUUUGAAUUUAUGUAACACACACACACACUGUGGAAGUCAUUUUAAUGCAUAAGGUAAUCACUCAUAUUUACUCAUAAUAAUCACACAUGUAAUCAUUGUUUUUUUAUUCAUAUAUUACAUUUAUUCAUUUAUUACCUUCAAUUACAUUUUCAUACUGUGUAAUUCCUUUUACAGAACAUUGAAGUUAUUGUUUUCUUGUUGGGUUAUUGUGCAGGCUUGUGUGAGGUCAGGCUGACUACCUGCUAGAUAGAGACGGUUGUUUAGAAAUACCGACCUGUUUGUGUCUGAAUUCUUUCUGUGAGACUGUAAGAGUGGCGCCUUCUAGUCUCCCUUCUCCUUUUAUCAGUUUAGAGACUGGCCGUCAGCUAGUUGGGUUGAAUAAAACUGUUUUCUUUGAUGCAGCAAGUUAGAGUUCUCUGCUGGCUUCUUGGAGUCAGGACGACAGCUCUCAACUUGCAAGUAAUUCUGUACUCUAUACUUCUCCUGUAAUAAACUUUUAAAUACUUUUA